UGUGGAGUUGUGGAAAAACACAGCUCAUAAUACAUGAUUUGUGCGUUGCAAAGGACAAAAGACUAAUAUUGUCUUAAAAUGGCAUUAUUUCACACAGAGAAUGGUGAGUUAAUGAAACGCGUUUUCAAAAUCCCUAUUAUCAUUAUCAUCACAUCAUACAUAUCAUAAUCUCAAACGUUAUCGGACGUAAUCGCUAUGUAAACUGGGCAUGUAUAAUUUGUCCCUCGUCAUUUCCCGUCGAUUUGUUUUGUGAAAGUUAAGGGUUGUGAACGUGCACAGUGACAGGUUACAAAUUAGUAGCAGAAGAAGACCGACCACAAUGUCCAGCAGUGUGCUGUGUGGUCAAGGCAAGCUGUUUUUAACUCAACCUACUUGCCGUCAAGUAUUGGGUGCUCUCAGGUUUGGCAGAACCAGAACCUUCUCUGCUGCAAGCUCAGAUGAGCCUUACAUCACUGUAUCUCCCACACACUCAGGCCCCAGGACCGUGUGGCCUGAUGAGAACAUGGGACCAUUUGGACCUCAGGACCAGCGUUUUCAGUUACCAGGAAACGUUGGGUUUGACUGCCACCUGGAAGGCAUGACAGGCCAAAAGAAGGCUGCAGACCACAGGAUUGUCCCUGAUGUACUGACGGCUCCAAGCAGCACAGAGAGACACCACUUCAUACUGGCCCAGUUUGUCACUGAGUUCCAAGGAAAACUGGGUCCUAUAUCCACAAGAGUUCACAAAGCGGAGCAGUACUUCAAUCAGACAGACACAAACUGCUCCAUAAAUUCCUGCCCUGAGCUGUUAAGGAAAGAUCUGGAGCUACUGUUCCCCGCCGCACCCUCCCCUUCCAUCACAGUUGUGACAGUCACACAAAGGAACAACGGAUGUGAGGAGACAGCAGAGCUGCUUCACAGAUUUGUGAAAGGUGCAAAGGAGAUAUGUUUCGCUCUGUGGACUGCAGGAUACUGGGCAGACUUCAUUGACCCAACAACAGGCACAGCUUUCUUUGCCUCUCCAGCGAGUCAAAGCACACUGCGAACAGAGGAGGAGUUGAGACAUUUGGGAUUUCACAUCGAGGUGUCAGGCUACUGCACAGUUAUUCGCCACAUCCUCAAAGGAUCAUCGUUGUUUGUGGGGACUGUUUUCACCAACGCACCUACUCACAGUGAUGCCAUCGCCAGACUGCAAGGACUCUCAUAUGUACUCGCUGAUGAGGAAUAGGUCAUUUGAUAUUAUAUACACAAGUGAAUACAUACACAAAGCCUUUAUUUAUUGUUAGCUAUUCAGCAGCUAAUGUGCGCAAGUGGUUGUAUCAGUGAAAGAUUGUGUGGAGUUUCUUACUGGAACACAGCAGCUACAUGGAUUUUAGCAACAUUACAAACUUGACUGGACUAACGCAGACCCUGGUGCUGUGGCAGACUGACAGGCCAUCUUUAAACCCAGCUUAACCUCCACUAUAUCCAGGGAGAAACACACUGAACAAUGGGAAUUUCAUGUUGGUGGCACAUGGUCAUGUUUUAAAGGAUGACAUCAACAGUGUUUUAUGAUAUUAGAAGCAUGGAUAUGAAAUGGAAACCCUUCAGCCAACAGUUUUUUACUCGUGAAAAGAUCCAUAUUUAAACACAGAUUUUAUUUGCUCAAAACUUUGGACACUUAGAUAUACAGUGUUGUUUUCCCCUGAUCUGUUGCACAGAAUCUAAAGACAUUUGUACUGUAUACUGUUUCAGCUGAAGCACUACAGCUCGUCUGUCAGAACUGCUGGACUAAUAAAGUGACCUCAUUGGGCUGCAAUGAUGCUGUAUUCCCAGUAA